AUUAAUUGCUAAACAAAGUCUAUAACAUUUGCGUUUGAACUGCUUCCGAAAAACCUACAUAAGAACCUAGAAACAAUAUUUAUUUGCUAAAAUAAUAAGCCUAUAGAUGCGGUACAGUUAAAAAUGCAAUUACACUCCAGAUACGCAGUUGCAGUUACAACGGACAGUUAUGUAAUAUUUGCGUUUUUGGCCACAUGCAGUCUAUCCACGCAACAUAUUAACUGUCUUCUGAAGAUAACAUUGUGAAAGAAGAUGCAGCUGUCCAUAUAUCCUUAGUAUGUAUAAAUCCAGGCAAAAAUGUUCAAAAUGGUCGUUAACUUUUAAAUUUCUGUCACUAGUGCUUGGAUUUCCUUUUGCUAUACUGAAAGGUGAGAAAUCCAGAUAAUGUCACAUAUGAAGAGAUUUCCAUCAAAUCCGUAGACUUUCUUUUUUUGUGAGAUGUGAGAAUCAUAUUUUGUCCUUGGACUGUAGCUUUACUUAUUACUCUAAACCUCACUCACUGGUGAUCUUUGACAUAAGUAAAAGUCCUCGAAGGUUAAAUCAUUAAAAGUUUAAAAUCGCAUCUGAUUCCCUUUUUCUUUUUAGGAGAAAUAGAUUGAUUCUUUAAGAAGCCAUGUGAUCAAUCAGAUAUGAUCUUGGAGUGUUCAGAACUACAGUAUGACUUUCAGGCCUUGUAUUCAGGUGGAAAAAAAGAUAAGUUUUCAAAAAUCAGCUUCAAUUGUGACGAUGAUGAUUGAUGAUUGAUGAUGAUGAGGAGAAAUGGAGGAGUAUGUUCGGCUUAUGAUUGGCUACUGCUUUAAAAGCUUUUUUCCCCUUCUGCACUUUUCUGAAGCGUCUUGUGUUUGUGAACAAAAGAGAAAAAGAACAAAAGAAAUAAAAAAGAGAAAUUCCAAAUGACAGAAAGACGGGGCACUUUUUAAUGCACAGACACUAGAAUGUGUUCUUGUUCAGUGGGAACAAGCCACCAGUCAGCGAUCAACAGACAAGACUUCAAAGACUGCUGGGUGGCAGCAUUGUUUAAUCUUGAAAUUGAAACGAAUUACUUUGUUGACAAAAAGAAACAGAAAAAAAAGGCAACAAUGGUUCACUAGAAGUCGGGUGAUCAAUGUAGAAUGAAUUUCAUACAUUCUCGGCAGAGGCUGCUUGUUAAUAAAAUAAGAUUUAAUCUGAGUGCAAACUAUGUUGCCUUGUGGUGUUCUCUAUUUCAAAAGCGGUUUCAAUACACCGCGGUCUUCAUCCAACACAUUGUGAAAUAUUACUUAGCUUGUCCACUCAGCGGAACAGAAACAUCUUUUGUCUCAAGGGUUUCUCAACCUUGUCACCAUCUGUAGUAACAAAAUAUUGAAGAAAGAUUUAUGGCAAUGAAGGUGAAGUUGGCAAAGCUCCGGUACUUCGUUGGGGGCCUUUCUGCUAUCUGCAUGAUAGCUACCUGUAUAUGCUUCUACCUAUUUGCUGAAAUUAUCUCCUUAGAUGAAACUAGAGUCAGACUAGAAAUGACUGUGGCAAAGCUUCAACAUGAUAAGCUGUACAUGACCAGGAGACAGCUGGCAGCAGCUGAUGAUCUUGAUGGAGUGGACUUUGGUGAUGAUGAUACUGUGGUUAUCUACAACCGCAUCCCCAAAACAGGCAGCACAACACUGGCUGGCAUUAUGUAUGCACUAUGCUUUGUUAACAAGUACUUUGUCAUACAUGUUGGUAUGAUGGAUAGAGCUAAGACCAUUGCUCUCUCUGACCAGAUGAAGUUUAUGCAAAACAUCACAAACUGGCAAGAAAAGAAACCUGCUUUGUACCAUGGACAUAUGGCAUUUAUAGAUUACACCAAAUUUGGAGUGAAAAAAAAGCCAAUUUACAUCAACAUUAUUCGCAAUCCACUUGAUCGCUUAGUCUCAUUUUAUUAUUUUACUCGAUACGGGGAUGAUAUUCGACCAUCUAAGGAAAGAAUGAAAGAACGCACAAGAGAGACAUUUGAUGAAUGUGUACAGAGGAGAGGCGAGGACUGUGACCCUGUUAACCUAUGGCUGCAGAUCCCAUAUUUUUGUGGCCAUGUUGCUGAAUGCUGGAUUCCUGGUAAUGAAUGGGCUCUGAAAAGGGCCAAACAGAAUGUACUGCAGCGCUACCUGGUGGUAGGUGCUACAGAAGAAAUGGAAGAUUUUGUUCUUGUUCUGGAAGUUCUUUUGCCACGGUUUUUCAAGGCGGAUCAAAAAUUUACAAAAGUGGGGAAAGUUCUCACCUAAGAAAGACAGCCAACAAACAGGCUCUGAAGCAGGAAACAGUAGGGAAAAUCCAUGAAUCAUCCAUAUGGCAAAUGGAAAAUGAUUUUUAUGAGUUUGUACGUACUCAAUUUCACAACAUUAAAGAACAAGUUUUUGAUGUAGACCAAGAUGGAAAUUAUGUUAAAAAGAGACACAAAUAUCAAUAUGAAAAAAUCCGUCCCAUAUGAAUUAUAAUUCAAACUAAUAAAAUUGAAAAUUGUUCUUUUAAACAUCAAAAGAAACCAGAUAAUGCCGUGAGUCAGGCACGAAUGCUUUUACCCCAUUUUGGGAGCACCAGUUUCAUCAAUACUGCUAUAGGAAAAAACAUGUUUUGUGUACUCAGAGUAUUUUUUUUUUGGUAGAAGUCAUGCUCAAGUUUUCAUUGAUAUGAAGAGAAAUGGCAUUGUUGUUUAAAGCAUGCUCAAGAUGCAAGACAGGUGAAGGAAUGAGAGAAAGAAGGAGAGAUAGACUGAGAAUGUGAAAUCUGUAGAAAUAGGAUAUAUGCAUAGCAUCUUGACUUUUUUUAGUUGUAUUUAAAUGUCCAUUAAUAUUUCAAGUAACAUUUUAGACAAUAUACAGUUUUAAAACUCAAAAGCAUUUUUAUUUAAGAUUUUUUAAAUUCCGUAUUGAUGCACUUACCCAGUGUUUAAAUAAACAUGAUGAAAAUAAAAGUUAAUAUUUAUUAAAGGGUCGUAUUAGAAACUGUUCUUCAGAUCUUUUUGUCUGUAGCAGUGCUUGGUUUUUAUCACCAUUUUUUAGUGGUGCUUUUUUGCAUUAUAAGUUGAUUUUUAAAAAAUAUUUUGAUUUAUAGGAAAACAUUUUACAAAUAAUUAUUUAUUAUGCAUAUCAGAUCACUUGCCAGUAUUGUGGCACUUAACUAGCUUUUGUGAUGGCUGCUUUUAUUCAGCAUGAACAAAAACAAAAAAUUCAUCAAAUUCUAACCUUGCAAAUAGCCAAAUCAUUAUCAAGUUGUGCACCAUGAAUUUUAAUGUGUUUAGCUCCCAUUUCUGUCAUCACAAUUCAGCAACACAGUACUGUAUUUGUGUAACUGUACCAUAGAAUGAAACAUGCUUACUUAUUCUGGCCACAUAAAAUUUCCAUUUGUUUUCUCCUCCAUUACAUAUCAACGUUCAUCUGUGUUUGUCACAUCCUUUCAUUUGUGGAUUUGAUAUUCAGCAGUAAAGGUGUUUGAGUAUUUCUGUUGCAAGCUUUGAAGUAACAAGAUCCAAAAUAUAAGUGAUCUAUCCCUAUGUUGAUGGCUUUUUUUGUUUGUGGGGGAAGAAGCCACUGAUCUGUCAGACAAUAUUUCUGUAAUAGAACUCCUCUGGAGAUUAUCAUAUCUGGUAGUGUGUUGUACCUACUUUAUGUUUCAAAAGGUACUAUUUCAGUAGUUUCUAUAGUUUUAUUUGUCCCUAGCAACCACUACUAUCCAAUGUUCUAAGUAGUACGUCAAGUUGCUGUUAUAAAAUGUGUGUACGUCACCCCAGAACAUCCCAUACUGAAACAGGAGUGUUACCUCAAAACAUGGAGCACAGAAAGAGUUGAUUGUUGUGUGGCAGUUUGAGGUCAUAAAUUGUAGUCUUGGUAAAGGCCUGUUUUUUGGUUGUUGCUUUUUAUAUUUUAUGUACAGAAACAUAAUGUACACAAAACCUUUUUUCUCACUCUUUCACAUACACAUAUAAAAAUAUGAUGACAUCAGUUUUUAAUUUGCAUUUCCCAGCAUUCAUCUAGAGAGCCCAGAAAAUAUCAAUGAUUGCUAAUUUCUCACUUUUUCUCUUGCAGUCUUUCUUCUUUGUUACUACGAUGCCAAGUUAUUUUUAUGCCUGUAGUAGCUAAGUUUUAGGAAGCAGUGGUAUUGCAUGUCUUUCUACAUGUAUUUACAAAUAUGUGAUGCACUUUAAUUUCCAUCUAUAUGCAAUAACUUCUAUCUAAAUUUGAUUUUAAAAUAAUGUUUGGUCUAAUGUUUACAAAAAUAGAGAAACUGUGCCAAGCUUACAAACAGCAUUUAGGCAUGUGUAGCAAACUUAAUAAUUUCAUUUAACCACUUUCCUGUUUCUAUUACUUUCCUGUCUUGUUUCAUUUUACUUUUUACGUUACACUUUCAACUUCUAUUACAAUCACAGCCUGGGAUACUGUGUUAUUUGUAACGUAGCUGAUGUAUUUUAUGGCAGUAUCAUUGCAUCUGAUAUUACAGAUAUUAAUGUAAUUGUCAGCUGCAUUUAAUUUAUUCUUCCCUAGAAGUUGGUGAAAAGUUUAUGUAAUAUGGCAUUAGAUGAACAUGGAGACGUUGAGUGUCAGUUGUAUCAGUUUUCUGAUUCUUGACAAUGCUCAGCAAUGGCUUACAGUGAGUUUUAACAUGAAGUGGAUCCAGUAUAAAUGUUAUACACACAAAUUUAACAGCCAGCAUUUCAUGUUCUUUCUGAGUUCCAUUAUUAUAUCUUGAUCUUGACAUAUGAUGAUGAUGAUGAUGAUGAUGAUGAUGAUGGCGAUUUGUAAUGCGCAGGUAUCCAUUCCGAAGAAUGCUCAUUGCACAUAUGGCAAAACUGUUUUUGUUUUUAAUAAGUUUUGCACCAAGAACUGUGGACUUGUAUUUAGAUAGACACGAGGUGGUUUAUAUGGAAUGAAAGAGGUCAUGAUUUGUACAUUUUUGAUGGUUUUACAAUUUUAUUGUUAAUCUGCGACCUGUUCAUGUCUUUCACGAUUAAUUUGCAUAAUGUUUAUAGAGUAGCUUACUUAGUAACCUGGAACAAAAAUUGCCAGUUUUCCUAGAAACAGGCUGUUCCCUGUGCAGUCAAAAAAGCAUGUCCAAAAACAUCAUUUCAUGCAUGGAAAUUUCACUUUGUUAUUCAGUUGUGCACCUCCCUUAGAAGUGUUGCUUGCUAAUUUGUAUCAGGGUCUGCAUAGUACUUUUCAUGUAUGAUUAUGUCAUCUUUGAUAGAUUGUAUACAAUAUUUGUAGCAUGUUUAAACAUGUUUUUCUUUCAUUUACAACACUUGUUUCAGAAAUGCAACAAUCUUUAUGGAGGCAAAAUAAUGAUCUCUUGACAGUUGUGUACUCGUUUGGGCAGAUUUCUUUGUCUCAAUUCCUUUUUCUUAAUCGAUGGAACACUUGCAAAAACCAUCUGCAUCCUUCCCUAGGUAGUCAACAAAAAUGAUUUUCUUGAAUUCUCUGCUAUAUGAAGUAGAUUUUUAAGUUUUGCUAUUCAUUUGUUUCAUCUCCUGCCAACUGUUUGUCAAUGUGAAAGGUAAGAGUGGAGGUAAUGCCUUCGUUACCAUACAACAUUUGCACAAAUAAAAGGAUUUUGUACUUGGAAAGGAGGAUUAAGUGCAAGUUUUCUACGUCUUUUUUCCCUCUCAUUUUGUUGUCAUUUGUGAUACAUUUCCUUUGCAAAUUACAAUUUACUUAUUUAAUGAUACCAUAAACAUCAUGUCUUAAUGUACUAUUUCCAACAUGACAGAGGAUAAAGAAUUUUGACAAAUAAUUUAACUUAUUAUUUUUGCUUAAAUUGGCUUCAGGUUUACCUUAGGAAUACAAAAUAGAAUCAACUCAUCUUCUGUAUGUGGUAUGUGCCUACAUAUGCAUUUAGACUUUUGUGACUGUUGUUUGUGAAUGGAUUUUGUGUCAAGUGAAGAAGAUAAUGACAAUGGAGUACUUAUAAGUAUCACGAAAAUAGCAGUUAAACUGUAAAGAUGUGAUACAAACAGAACUCAUUGAGAUUUCCAUUUGCAAGCCUUCUUUGUCUGGCUUGGUUGAAAAGUACAAGUGCCAUAAUUAAUGUAUAUUUCGUUGAUUUCCCCGUUACGCCUGCCCCAAUCCAGAUGUCCUAUUUGUGCUAGCAUGAUAAUACUAUUAAUCUGUUAUGCCCUCAAUUUGUGCUCUGUUUUUAUGGUUUUAUAUGCUCAUUUUAAUUAGGGCAUGUUCAUCAAUGGGAUUUAAAAAAAUUGAUGUUAUUCUGUCAUAUUUAAUUCUUAAUUUUUUUUUCCUGUACUUGUUGUCAGUUUUUUUUUU